ACCUGAGCAGGAAGGACAACGGACAGAAGCUGUCAAGUUCUGGCUGCGCCUUCUUAGUUUCUUGCAUUAGCUGCAGCCAUGCCUACCCUGUAUACUAACUCUGGGUGCCGGGACCUGCCAGGGACCAGAGAGGAGGAGGAGGAGGAUGCUGAUGAUUAUGAGAACAUGGCGCCUCCCUACAAGGACCUUCCUCCCAAGCCAGGUUCAUUGGCUCCACCAAGGCCUCCAAGGGCAGGAAGAAAUCCAGAACCCCCCUCACUUCCUCAUAAGCACCUGGAGAUCUCAGGCCUGGAUCUGACCCCUGUCACCUACACAUCUCAACUGGGCACCGGUCUGGAGCAUCCUCCAUUUCAGCCAUCCCAAGCCACACCAAUAUUGGACUCUCUGUCCCCAACCCCCAUGCUCCCCGCCCAAGCAACUCCAGUUCCCUGGCUCAGUCAGAAGUCUGGGGAUCUUGGGUGCUACCAAGAGGAGAGAUGGAUGGUUUUCCUGUGUGUACUGGUGGUGGUGUCACUGCUCCUGGCCUGCACUGGUCUGGCUGUAACCCUGAUUAAGUACCAGGAGGUGGUGGAAGAACUGAAGAUGUUAAGCUUUCAGCAGAGGGCGUGGCAGGCAAAUGUGACUGGCAUAACGGGGCUUGCUGGCCUGAAGAAGGACAUUGACCAAGUAAGAGCUGACACCAACCAGUCCCUGGUGGAACUUUGGGGCUUAUUAGACUGUCCAAGGAUCACCUGCCCUGAGGGCUGGCUCCCUUUCGAGGGCAAAUGCUACUACUUCUCCCCAAACACCAAGUCGUGGGAUGAAGCCCGGAAGUUCUGCCAAGAGAAUUACUCUCACUUGGUUAUCAUCAAUAGCUUUUCUGAGCAGAACUUUGUGGCCAAGGCUCACCGCUCUCCACGGGUGUACUGGCUGGGGCUGAGUGACAAGGAGCACGAAGGGAAAUGGAAGUGGCUGGAUGGGUCGCCUGUCACUUUGAGCUACUGGGAACCAGCAGAACCUAACAAUGCUCACGAGGAGGACUGUGGCAGCAUGAACACAGGAGGCACUUGGAAUGACCUCUCUUGCAACAAAGCUACGUAUUGGAUUUGUGAGCGGAAAUGUUCCUGUUGAACCCCAGGGAUGAGACUGGGUCACUGGGUGGGAGUCUGUGCCCGACUGCCCCUUGGCUCUUGGAGAUGAGAACCUCCUGCCCUUCCACGGAAGGCCCUGCUUCUCCACGAAUUGAUUUGGAGGCGCCCAAGAAGGGACCGGCAGCCUGGAUGUAGCAAGUUCCCUGGGGUGUAAGUCAGACCGUUUCUAGGGUGAGGACUUGGGGCCUUGUUCAGUUGGAUGGUGUUUUAGUGCCUCCAGGCUGCUGUAACAGAACCCCACAUGCUGGGUGGCUCAUAAACAACUUCUUUCUUAAAGUCCUGGAAGCUGGGAAGCCCCAGAUCAAGAUGCAGGGAGAUUCGGGGUUUGGUGAAGGCCUGCUUCCUGGUUCAUGGAUGCUUCUUUCUGCGGUGUCCUCACAUGUUAAAAGGGACAAGGGAGCUCUCUGGGGGCCCUUUUAUAAGGGCAUUAAUCCCAUUCAGGGGGCCGCUACCUUCACGACCUAAUCACUUCCUAAAGGCCCCACCUCUGAAUGCCAUCACAUUGGGGCAGGGUGUCAACAUAUGAAUUUUGGAAGAGGGACACAUACAUUCAGUCCACAGUCGCUGGUGAGCUGGAGGGACAUGUUUUAGUGAUGGUCUCCUAGUUCUGGGGUCUGGAGGAAGCUCACCAAGUCCUUGAUCAUGACACUUAGGAAGUGAUGUUUCCCUGGGGGUCUGGGGUCUGGGUGAUUGAACUGGAGCUCAAAAUAACUUGGGUCCUCUGAACCAUGAUGCACUGGGAGUGGGCUCCCUUACUGCCUGUCUGAUGUGCACCAGCUGCUGGGAAGCAGAUGGGGCAAGGUUAUUCUUGAAAAGCAACUUUCUCAACAUCCCAGGUGAGGUUUGAUCAAGCUAGGUGGUGGAACUAGCCCUCUGCUAGAUUUGGCCCACGGAAGGCCUGGAAAGGCAGACCAACUGAAAGACAAGACUCCCACCUGAUGUGGCCGACCUGGGCUGUGACUUGGUCAAAUCCUCAGGACAGCAAUGGAGACAUCUACCUACCUGUCCCUUUGAACUCUGCAGUUCGUGAAGAUCUUUGAUGAAGUAUUUCACUUUACUGCCAAGUGGACCUUCUGGGGCUAUUAGCUCUUGCAAUGUUAGAGCUUCUCAAAAUGCUAUUUCCUCAUGUGGUCCUUGUCCACUGUGUUAGUUUGCUGGGGCUUCCAUAAUAAAGUGCCACAGACUGAUUCAAACAACAAAAA